AUGGGAGCCACCGACGAGCCGGAUCCCGACAUGGAGAAGCAGCAGCCGCUGCUAGCCGCGGCGGAGGCGGACGAGAUCCCGCCGCCGUCCGGCGCCGGCUGCGGCAACUGCAGGUCGUGCUCCUGCGCCUCGCCCACGGCGACGCGGACGCUCUCGCUGGUCGUCCUCGUCGCCGGCGCGCUGUUCGCCGCGCAGCUGAAGGCGCGCGAGGAGUACCUCCUGCUCACGGUGUUCGCGUCGCAGCUGCUCAGCUUCUGCGUGCUCACGUCCCUGCUGGCGCUGUGCGCGCUCCCGGAGGACGGCGCCCGGCAGCGGCUCGCGUGGGCGCGGGCGGCGGCCGCGCAGGUGCUGCUGUGGUCCUUCGCCAUGGCGCUCCUGGUGAGCAUGUCGCUAUGGGUGGCCGGGAGCGCGCCGGUGGCCGUCGGCGCGGCGCUGCUCGGGCUGGCCCUGGCCGUCGUCUUCGCCUGCUACGCCGAGCUCGUGCAGUCCCUCUGGCCUGUGGCGGACUAG